AUGGCUGCUCUCGCUCGUGCUCUCCCGCUCCCGGUACACACGGUGGUCGAGGAAGUGGACGAGGGACCGAUCCUCCCGGCCACUCCAUCAGUUGUGAUCCCGCCGUACGGCAAGAGGAGGGGAUGGAAGCCGAAGAGCCAGGCCGACUUUGGUGGCGGCGGAGCGUACCCAGAGUGCCAUGUCGCCCAGUACCCCCUCGACAUGGGCAGCAAGAAGAAGGCUGCACCGGGGACGACCGUUGCCCUUCAGGUCGACGCCGAUGGCAACGUGCGCUACGACGCAAUUGCGACCCAGGGCCGUGCCGCUGGCUCGAGGGUGCAGUCGAGCUUCAAAGACCUUGUUCCGCUUGCAAACCGGACGGAUAUGACGGAGGAGGACCGCGCAAUGUUGCGGCCAGAUGACAGCAGUGUCAACGACACGACUGAGCGUACUCGACUUGCCCUCGAGAAGAUUACUCACGGCAAGAUCAAGGCUGUUCAGCCCAAACACGUUCCCAAGUCAAACGGCGAUGCGACGUAUGUUCGCUACACCCCGGCCAACCAAGGUGCCGACCAGAGCAAGCAGCGCAUCAUCAAGAUGACCGAGGUGCAAGAGGACCCUCUGGAGCCUCCUCGCUUCAAGCAGAAGAAGAUCCCCCGCGGCCCCACCGAGCCCCCGCCCCCUGUCAUGCACUCGCCUCCCCGUGCUGUUACAGCACAGGAGCAAAAGGACUGGAUGAUUCCUCCUUGUAUCUCCAACUGGAAGAACAACAAGGGUUACACUAUUCCGCUUGACAAGCGUCUCGCUGCGGACGGCCGUGGUCUGCAGGACGUGCACAUCAACGACAACUUUGCGAAGUUUUCCGAGGCGCUCUAUGUUGCCGACAACCACGCCCGCGAGGAGGUCCGCGCACGUUCGCAGAUGCAGCAGCUCCUUGCUCAAAAGGAGAAGACCCAGAAGGAGGAGAACCUGCGUCUGCUGGCUCAAAAGGCCCGCGAGGAGCGGAGUGGUGGUGCAUCUGGAUCGGCCGCACCCAGGACCGCGCCUGCAUCCUACGGCAUCGGUCUCGGCGGCUACGGUUCUGGUUCCGACUCGGACUCGGACGCCAGCGACAGCGACGAGGACAAGGACGAGGGAGACGACGAGGCAGCGAUUGCUGAGCGCGAGGCUGUGCGUGAGGAGAAGCGUCGUGAGCGUGAAAAGGAGCUCCGUAUGUCCAACAUGGGCACCGAGAUGCGCGCCAAGGUCAUUGCGCGCGAGGCCAACCGCGACAUUUCCGAGAAGAUCGCCCUUGGCCUUGCCAAGCCGACCGCCAACAAGGAGACCCUUCUCGACUCGCGUCUCUUCAACCGCGAGUCUCUUUCCACCGGCUUUGGCGCCGACGACUCGUACAACCUGUACGACAAGCCUCUGUUCCAGGGCUCGUCUGCCGCUGCCGCCAUUUACCGCCCCAAGGGCAACAAUGCUGGAAACGACGAGGCGUUUGGUGGCGGCACCGAGGACGGCAUCCGCGAGGAGCUCGACAAGGACCGUUUCCAACUUGGCCGUGCGACACGUGGGUUCGACGGCGCCGAGUCGAACGAGGUGCGCGAUGGCCCCGUCCAGUUCGAAAAGGACGUGGUCGUCAGCCUGGACGGCUCGUCGGAUCCAUUCGGUGUGGAGCAAUUCCUCGACGCAGCAAAGCGCGGUGGCAAGCGGACAGCAGAACAAGGCCAGGCUUGCCUGGAAUAUCCCUCGAACCUGUCCCAACAUCCCGGCUUCCCGGAUGACAGGGACUGGCAUUUGAAGGAAGGGAACGUUGCGCUGACAGAUACCAGGAGCGAGGCUCGCAAGCGUGCGCGCGAGGACGACGAGUAG